AUGAACUCCCAGAGGCCGGUGUCUCUUAGACAUGACGUGCCCACAGAGUACAUUCGCGCACUCGACCCAAAGCUCUUGCCUCCGCGUGUGGGCCACAAUUGGCUUGACCCGGCAUUCCGCAAGGUGCAGGAUAAACCACAGCAGUUGGAGGCGGAGCUCCGUGGGAAGCGGGCAUUUAUAUCAAAAGGGGUCUACGAUCACACCCCACCAGAGAGGCUGGGACGGACGGCGCAGCAGCUUAUGCAUGCCCUAUCAACAAGGAGAAAAGUCGGCAUUGAGGCUGAUCGGCGUGCGCAGUACACAACGCUUGCAGACAAGGUGCUUCGUUUCUACGCCUUUUUCACGGAGAAGGCCCCGGAGGGAUGCCUGGAAGAGUACUGGCACCGCCGCGUUGUCAUAGAUUUCUUUCCAGAGGAUGACACGGUUCUGAUACAAGAGCCACCUAUCCCAAACAGUGGACUACGUGGGGGAACUUUUCUUAAGCGCCAGCGUGUGCGUGCCGACCCACGGCAGCGGGAGGAAUUUCCUGACGAUGAAUUUCUCACUCUUAACCACUUCAAUGUAGGUAGACCUGUGCGCAUUAAUGCCGUCGAAUUUUUCCUGUAUGACUGUGACUUGUUUACGCGAGAGUUUCUCACUGCCCUUGGCGUGAACGUUGCUUCCCCUGUAACGUGUCCAGACUCCUCAUUUAUGAGUGACUGGAAACGACACCAAGAACGGAUGUUGUCUGCCAAGUUUGGUAUUCUCUCACAGGACUUUCACGGGGAUGAGGCGGUACGGGCGGCACGCUUUGUGCAGGAUAGUGGGAAAGUUUUACGCUUCUACUCCCUUCUGGACGAGCGGAACAAGGUGGCUGGGGGCAUUGUCAGGAAGCUUGAGGUGUUGUACUUUGUGGAGGAUGACUCCAUGGCGGUGGUGGAGCGCCCCACGUCCAAUGAGGCGACCCCUUCCCUCUUUCUCUCGCGUGGGUGGGUGCCGAAGGAGGGAUCCAUUGCGAAAGCCAAUGAGUUGACGUUUGCUCAUCGAGUAAACGGCAUGCGGGAACCGUACAUUGGACCCGAAGGACACUACACGGCGAGGGACCUAGGUGUCGGCAUCACCAUUAACGUGCUUGGUCGUCACGUUUUUUUGUACGACUGCGACGAUUUCACACGCUCGUACUACUUGGAGAAAUACGGUGUAAUACUUUCGGAUGCGGUGGACUGCCGCGACGAGUAUGGACUCUCUCCGGAAUCAAGAGUCACUGCAUUUCGGCUCACUGCCACGCCUGCUUCUGUUGUUCCCACCGGGAGAGACGAUGCAGUCUUGGAGAAGCGAACAGAAUGUAAAAUGAAGGAUGUGCUUCGCUUUCUUUUACGCCUUGCACCGCCAUGUUCCGCCGUUGAGCGUCAGCGGCGGUUCACCCUUACGUAUUACACAGAUACAGAUGAGGCUAUGGUGUGUGAGACCGUUGUCCGAAACUCCGGCUUUUUGGGUGGUUGUUUCUGCAGUCGAAAACGCCUACCAAAACCAGUGGGAUCUGGGGAGGCGUACUACACCGUCUCGGACUUUCCUGUGGGCGCGGUCAUCGUGGUGAACGGGCACAGGUUUGAGGUAGUGAACAUGGACGAGCACACGGCAAACUAUUUGGCGGGGGAGAACGUGCCCGGGAUGAAUGAGGAGCAGCUGCAGCUGCUCAUCACCGCCUUUCGCCUGUUUCUGGAAACACGCUUCCACACCUUCAAGGAUGCCUUCCUUGGAUUUGACCGCGACAAGGACGGAGUUGUAAGUGUGACAGAGUUUGUCAACCAUCUGCAGGAGCUACAAAUCACGGGGCGACGCAUGGACGGGCAGGCGCUGUUUGACCACAUCGCACCGUUUCCUGAGACCGGCUACCUGACGAUGGAGGAUCUUUUGAAGUGGAUGUCCGAGACGGCAACGAACAAAAGCCAGAAGACGCACGAGCCCAUUGACGUCGAGGAGCGCACAGUUGUAAGGAAGGCGCUACAGCAGCUAUGCAUGCGGCUCGAGGCGCGUUGCCUGAACAGCUUGCAAAUGUUUCGCCUCGCUUCGACGAUGCCGCGGGCGUAUACGGAGCGCCGGGCUGACAUCUACUCUUUGGCAAACCCGAAUCGCGAUGCCUCUGUAACACCGGUGCAGUUGCGCCGUUGCAUUGAGGAGGUUGUGGGCGGUAACCCUGCACCGCGGGAGAUGGAUGCGCUGCUGGCGUUCUUUUUCCCACGGUUGCCGCCGGAGGAGUACCGCAAUAGACGCGACGUCAGCCUCGAGCAUGCUUUGGACCUCAAAGCGUUCCAGAAGAAGUACCACGAGAUGAAUAAGUUGCUAAUGCUGCCAGAUAUGCCGCAGCAGCAGCAACAUCAGUUGUUGCCGCAGGUGGGAUGA